AUGGGCGAUAUUGCUCUCAGCGAUGAGGAGAGGGACAGUCUCCUUCUGAGAAGCUAUGACCUUGUGGAGAACCCUGUUCAGGACUGGGAAGAACAGGUGGAUGGCAUUGAAGGCGAGGGAAGUGGACAGAAGGAGCCAAAGCUGUCGAACCGUGAAAAAAGUGCUAUUGGCGAACGGGAUAGUAUUAACUCAAUCGGGCGGAGACCAAAGAAUGGAAGCUUUACUACGUCCCUAAAACUCUGUUUACGUCCUGUCAACUACGCCGGCAGAAACGGCAAUCAACAAAAAUCGCUUUUUUUUUAA